ACCCUCUUCAUCUGAACCAACGUCUCAUUCAGCCCAUUAAUAAUACAUCUUUCACAAGUCCUUUUCUCUUUUUCUCUCUCUCUAAUUUCACCCCCUUUCUUUUUAAUUUUCCAGAAAGUUAAAACUUCAUCUGUUAAUGGAGUCUAUAUAUGCUAUGUGAAUUUCCAUUUUUAGCCUCUUCUUUUCAACCCAAACCGUCCAAUUUUCAGAGAAAAGGAAUAUUAUUAGGGAAGAAGAAAGAGAGACAAAACUAAUAUCCAUUUUCCUCAGGUGAACUUAAACUUGAAAUAUCAAAUUAGGGUCCUUUCAAAACCAGUUCUUAAUUACUUCUAGUUUCGCUUCUUAAGAAAAGCUAAGAAUCAUGGACUUCCCAAGCCAAGCAAUGGAAGAAGGGUCACCCUCAAGCCAAAGAAAGAUGGGAAGGGGAAAGAUCGAGAUCAAGCGGAUCGAAAACACUACAAACCGCCAAGUGACCUUCUGCAAGAGAAGGAAUGGAUUGCUGAAGAAAGCCUAUGAAUUAUCAGUCCUUUGUGAUGCUGAAAUUGCCCUUAUCGUGUUUUCGAGCCGAGGCCGGCUGUACGAGUAUGCUAAUCAAAGCUGCAGUGUCAAAGGGACGAUUGACAGGUACAAGAAGGCGUGCUCUGAUCAGACCGGUGCUGGGUCUGUUGCUGAAGCUAAUGCUCAGUACUAUCAGCAAGAGGCUGCCAAGCUGAGAAACCAAAUUCGCACUGCAACAGAAAACAACAGGCUGCUUUCCAGGCACAUGAUGGGUGAAGGGCUGAGCAGUUUAAGUAUGAAGGAGCUGAAGAACCUCGAGACUAAACUCGAGAAAGGUAUUAGCCGAAUUCGGUCCAAAAAGAAUGAGCUGCUCUUUGCUGAGAUCGAGUUCAUGCAGAAAAGGGAGAUUGAACUGCAUAACAAUAACCAAUUUCUCCGAGCAAGGAUAUCUGAAAAUGAAAGAGCUCAGCAAAGCAUGAGUUUGAUGCCACCGGGUGGCAGUGAUUAUGAUCUUGUCCCCUCUCAGUCAUUUGAUUCACGGAAUUACUUCCAAGUAAACGCUCUCCAACCAAAUAGUCAGUAUGCCCGGCAAGACCAGACUCCGCUCCAGUUAGUGUAACUGUGUGGAGCAUAAUGCAGGGUGAAGUGAGUGAUAUAUAUAUGAGUGGGACGGAGCUGAAAGUGACCUAGUGGAUUGGCUAAUGUAUGCAUGAAAUCUAGUCCUUUUAUCUGGUUAGUGUAUGUUUUUGUGUGCAGUGUGAUUUGCAUGACAUUAGAUGCAACCUAAACUUUUAACUCAUUUUGUCGCAUCCUAUGUGAUGGACUAGUAGAACUUUGCUUUACAUAUAUUGUGAUAUUAUAACAUUAUUAGCUACUGUAUCAAA